AUGAUAAACAUAUCCGAUCAUACGGGCACAUAUCAGCGAACACUGCUGGGAGGUCAGGCGAUGACAACGUUGCUUGGUUUCGGUCCAGACCGAUUUCUACAAAUGAACUGUGAAGAACGUGCGCGACUCAAAUGGAAUAUUUGCCUCCAUCGUUUCAAAAUUUACUUUUGGACAGAGCAGGCUAGCUUCGACAGUCCUUUCCCAAUGAUCAGCGUCCUGGCUUGUGAAAAGCCCAACUCUUUCGAACUGGUCCAGUCUCUUCGCAACAAAAUG